AUGGAAAGUCAGGAGCCACUCACGAAUCUUGCUAUCGGUCCUACAUACACUGCCGAUCGUGCCGAUAUCUCGGCAUCCAUGGUAGACAUGGAUGUUGAUAUGGACAUUGACCUUGGGCCGUUAGAUGGAGAAGACGAGAUGCAGUUUUCUUUAGAGGACCCUCUCAUAGCUCCUCAGGGAGAAGACCGUGCUAUAUCCACAACAGCUAGCCACAGCCCUUUACUAAUGUCACCUGAAGAGAUCGCUGCAAAUAAGGUUCAUUUACGAGGUUUAGACGAUCUAUCUACAGAGAACAUCAAGCAAUAUUCUUUGGAACAUUUUGGUACGCAAUGGGAACGGCUUGAGUGGAUUGAUGAUACUUCGGCAAAUCUGAUUUACCAUACGCCCGACGUUGCUAGCAAUGCGCUUCUACAUCUGACAGAUCAAUCUGUGAACAUCCCAAUGAGCAUCUCGCCGCUGGAUUUGAGGCCUGCUCAACCGAUUGGAUGUCGGCCAGGUUCGAAAUUACAGAUUCGAAUUGCUCUUAUCACGGAUCGGAAGCGUCCGCGCGCGCAUGAGACAAGCCGGUUCUACCUCAUGCAUCCCGAACAUGACCCGCGGGAGCGAAAACGGGGAGAAGAUGGACGAAAAGAUAAUCGAAGAGACUACAGGAAGCGAAGAUAUAGUGACGAAGAAGAUCGACGGCGAAGAAAAUACGACGCUGAAGAAGGGUUUGAUGCAUCGAUGUACGAUGAUAGUGGACCUCCAAAGGCACCGAAAGGAACCCUCUCUUCAAGUCAUGAGCGCACUCGAAGAAGAUCCCAUUCAUAUCGGCGCUCGCGUAACCGAAGUGCCUCACCUAUCAGCAGAAACAGCAUCAGCCCGCUGCGCCACCGAAGGCGUACACCACCUUUUGAAGUAAACAAUAGAGAAAAGGAACUGUUUCCACAGAAGAACCGACAACCCGAAGGCAAAGACCUUUUCAGUAACAAACUCGCUGCGGUGACCCGAAAGAAGGAGCUUUUCCCCCAUCUAACGUCAGGGAACAAUCACCGCCGAACAGAUGCAUUCGAUGCUGCAGACGAGACAGCGGACCUCUUUGCUGGGAGAAUGCCCGUGCCAUUCGUGGACGGAGCAAGUGAAGACAAAAGGCUGUCGCAGAGGACUUCAGUGUUUGACCGUUCGCCGGACAGUCGCGCUAAGAGGGAUGAUGGUAUUGAUAGAGGGAGGGUCUUGCGAGGAGGUCAAGACAGGGACAAACACAACACCACUAGCGCUUCUUUGCUCGGCAUCUCUAUAAAGGGUACUGCUUCGCAGAAUGGUACAGUGAAAGAUCUUUUCCCCGGCAAAUUCAAUUCAGGAAAGGAGCUUUUCAGUGAGAAACUAAGAGGUAGAGGAGUACCACACAAGUUUGGCUAUGGGCAAUCAAACCCGACGUACCAGCUGAAGGCCGCGGAUGGACAGAAAUAUGUGUUGCGCAAGAAGCCACCGGGGCAGCUCCUGUCCAAGACCGCCCACCAGGUUGACCGCGAAUAUCGUAUCAUUCGCGCAUUGGCAAACACAGGGGUCCCUGUACCCAGAACAUACUGCCUAUGUGAAGACAAAGAUGUCAUUGGGACUGUAUUCUACGUGAUGGAAUUCUUGGAUGGCAGAAUAUUUGACGAUGCUUCCUUCCCAAAUGUUCCCCCGCAUGACCGUAGGGAGAUGUGGAGGGAUGCUCUUCGUGUUCUAGGCAAACUACACCGGGUUGACCCUUGCUCUGUUGGCCUUACGGGGUUCGGUAAACCUUCUGGAUUCUACAACCGUCAGAUCAGGACACUGAGUGCCAUUUCGACUUCACAGGCACAGACUGUCGACAUUGAGAAUAAGCAGCCAGUUGGAGACAUCCCUCAUUUCGAUGAAACGGUCUCGUUCUUGAAAGGGUCAACAUUCCAGCCAACAGACCGCGGGACCAUAAUUCAUGGUGACUACAAGAUUGAUAAUCUCGUGUAUCAUCAUGCUGAACCUAAGGUCAUUGGAAUCCUUGAACGUGGGGAGGCUGAAGAAGCUAAGGGGCUAGAUCUCGCGUAUGAGAAAAAGCUCAAACAAGGCACUACUGCUGCAGGUGCUCUGGCUGGAAAGCUAAAGAAAGUCUCAAGCAGCCGGCCAGAUGGUGAGCUCGAAGGAGGGCUGGCUAGCGUCAAGCUGGCGGCGGUAAGCUACGACCCCCAGGACGGCCUGGUCACGGAUUCCCCACCACUAGUUGCUACAAAAGUUAAUCUGAAGCCCACGCCUUCCCCCGAUUGCAUCUCAUCUGACUAUUCUACGACUCCAGAGCCGGUCUCUGAUCGUUCCAAACCUAGGAAGCGACCCAGGAAAGCUCAAGCCUCGAGGGGGGACGCUGUUCUGAUAGGAUUCAUGGGCGGUCUUAAUCAUCCAGAACUGGCCAACAGGGCGGGCGAGGAGGUUCUGCCGCAGUCUGAUUCUGAGAUCAGCAGCCAGGUCAUGGACGGUGAUGCAAUGAGCGAAGUGGUCGCAAAGUCGGAGGAGCCCGUCGAUUCAAUAGAGGUUCCCGACAUGCCCAACGUUGGAGAUGACACCCACGCAGGGUCUGCGGGGAAUGGAAGGGGGAGACCGGAGCUCCCUCGCCUUCAAACAGAAGAGCAAUGCCCUUCUGCGAGAAUGAGUCGACACUAUUCAGACGCGGCAUCACAGACGCUGUCAGAAGAAGAAUUUGAACGGGCUUCGUCUAAGUCACGGCCGCCAAGAGCAGCGACUGAUGGACCGACCGGUCUAGGUAUUAAUGGCAUACCUUCAAUCGACACACCCAGGUUAAGCAGGUCGCCGGUCCGGAGAUAUACGGUUCCGACGACACUAUCAUCGCCGGGCGAAACGUUAGCAGCCAUGCAACCAUCUCCACAAAUCGAUGCCACGAAGUCCCCCAAUCUUCCUCAAGGUUUGCCUUCCUUACACGACAGUGGUCUCAAACCACUUCUCGAUGGAGCACCACCGAAGAACAGUUUUCGCUCGCAAUUAGUGCCAGCAGGUGCGAAUUCCGUGCUCUCGCCACCUAUGAGCUCCAAGAUGUCUCGCUUCCCUAGCCCCUCAAGCCGAUCGAGCAGCACCUUCUCACCACAAUUUCCGCAUGGUCAGCCUUCGCCGGCUUACAGCAAUCCAUCUCCGCGAGAUACUACCAACAUGUCACCGCCCUCACGUCCUAACGUACAGCUUCCUCCUUUCGUACCUCGUCACGGGAGCGAGGCCUUGACCCCACAAUCGGCCGAUAGUUACACAAGUAGCUAUAAGGGCGCGCCGUCUCCGCUACAAAGUUCAGAAGCCAUCGAGAUGGAUAGAGCGGGUCGGGUCCUGCCCCCCUUAAUACCGCACCCAGGCCCACCGAUAAUCAAUGGAUCGUUCAGGUGCAAGCACGACGGCUGCAAUGCACAACCUUUCCAGACCCAAUAUCUUCUCAAGUUUCAAGAGGAAAAAUGA